CCGUUUCCAAGAGAGGGAAAGUUUGAUUGAUAAAUAUUUUGCAUAUUUUUAAAAAAGUAUUAUUUCUUUUCUAUUAUAUACAUUUAGAAUAAAAUGUUGGGCGAUAUAGACGAAACUUCAAAUGCAGAACAAUUAUUAGAACCUCAGAUAACAUCCUCAGAUCCAAAUGAAAGAAAAUUGGCGAGAAGAUUACGUAUUGAGCGACGAUGGGAAGCAGUAAAAAAGAGUAAACAGGGUGACUAUGACUCAGAAAUUUCAACGGAAGAACUGACACCUGUUCAAAUACAAUUACAAAAAAGCGCAGAAAUUUUACAAAAAUUUUUAAUCGAAGGAGAAGAAUAUAUUACUAAUGUUAGAAUAGCUAAUGAUUCAAGGGAAGUUGAUAGAAGAGAGAACGAAGGUAUCAAUCGAGAAAAAAUAUAUGAACAACUUGAUGAAGAAUCCGAGUCAGCUCAAGAGCUCUUCAACAAUAUUGCUGAGAAAUGGGCGUCUAUUCAAAAUCACAAUGAUCCUCUUCAAAUUAACGAGGAUAUUAUGGAACAAAAAGAGAAGUGCGAUAUGCUAAUAAGCCAAAAGGAUGCGAUUAUAGCAAUGCUUAAUGAAGAACUAAAAAAAGCGGAGAGAACGUUUACGAAGGAUCAAGUGAAGCAAAAUCAAGAUAUUAACACUUUAGCGCAACGCAUUGAAAAACAGAUUACGUUCAUGAGGAAAGCAUACAGACACGAGCUAAAUAUAAUGGAGGAAGUGAUUCUGAAAGAGCGGGAAAAUUUAAUAGAUUCAACCGAUAAAAAAUGGGAAGAGUUAUUUUGCAAACGGGAAAAUCAAGAAAUAUCAAACACCGAUAAGAAAUUUGAGCAACUUGAGGAAUUUAAUGCCAGAAUGGAUCAGUUGCGCACUGAAUUUCAAGAUUAUUAUAGAGAAACGAAAAUUAAAUUAGAAAACGAUAUUGAAGAACUACAAAUAGAGCUUGAAAAAAUUAGAGCUUUGGCUUUACUGAAUAGUGAAAAGCUCGAUUAUAAUUAUCAGAUAUUAAAGAAGCGGGAAGACGAGAAUAUAAUCAUAAAAUCUCAACAGAAAAGAAGGAUGAACAAGUUACAAGAUUUUAUAAAUAAUUUAAGAGGAAAGAUUACGGAAUAUGAAACUAACACUACCAAUCAAAUUAAGAAACUAUCCGAUAAUAUUAAGAAAUUACAUAAAUCGAUAUUAGAUGUGGACGCCAAAGCUGACCGAUUCGCUCGAGUUAACGAUGAAAAGUUUCACAUGGUAUGGGAGAUGAAUCGUCAACGUGUUCAUAAUGUUCUCAAAAGAAUUUUGGACACUGACAGGAUCCUGUACGAGCAACAAAUGGGUAUCGAUUGGGAACCACCUCCCAAUUUUGUGGUAGAGAAAAAAGCUCUACUAAGUUAUAAACUGGCUCUUACUACACUCUCAUCGGAUAAUAUCAUUGAUGCGGAAAAAUACAAAUCGAGGUCAGCAGCAAAAAAUCAGAAAGGAGAUAGACCUUCUCUGAAAGGCGUGCGCGAUGAAACAUUGGUACUUCCGGAUGAGACUUCGAGCAAGAACUAUCAAAGAGUCAUUAAACACAUUUUAGAAAAAAUAUCCGAUAAAUCUGGUUUUCUUGCCGAACGGCGUUUGAAAACAUUGCUGAAGGGAUACGAAGACGAACAGAAACAUUUAGUGAGAUUGGACAACGUCUUUAAGGCUCUUGGAAUCGAAGGCGCUUCGAAUAUUGAUAUGUUAUUUAAACACUUUCAACCUUAUACAUUUUGUCCAACUUGUCAAGGAUCUAUGGUUGUAUCCUCUGCCAAAUUAGAUGGUAAAGACAGUACGUGUGUCUCACAAGUUUACUCUAUGUACUCAAAAAUUGGAGAAGCUGAAACAGUCAUACCAGAACUGGUUGAAGUGAUGGAAGCCGUAAGACAACCCGACGCCGUUUUUGACAUUGUGGUAUCUGAUUUGGUGACAACUGUCGAUUUAUAUGACGAAUUAAAAAGUGCAGAACCAUCGUAUAUGGAAGGGGUAGAGGAUAUUUGCGGUGGAGCUAAUUUAGAGGUUUAUAGAGAAAAAGACAAAGAUAAAGCAAAGGGUACUUCAGCUCGAAUAAGACUCUCACGUACAAAUAUUAAUGUGGACAUGUGGCAGUGUCAAUACAAACAUUCUUUGGUUAUUAGUUCUGUUUACAUAUUGAAAGCCUUACGAGAAUUUGUUACUUCUUAUUAUGUUAAAAAUGUUGGACUACCCACAACUGGAUCUCGAUUAGAGAAAAAGCGUCUAACAAUUUCUCGUCUUUUAUCUGAAGCCGAUAUGAAUAGUUAUUGGGAAAAAUUUAAGCUAAAUUUUGGAGAAGACAGAGUAAGAGUAUGGAAAGCUCUUUUAGUCGGAUUAAAGAAAUACCACGAUAUUCUGAAAGAUAGAAAAAAUAUUUGCAAUGAGGUAUUGAGACUGAGAAAAGAAAAUACAGAAUUAAAAAGAUUGCUAGCAAAUUACCUGGACCACCACGAAUUUCUUCCGGCUAGUUGUGCCAAGGAAAGAGAAAAUAGUAUUCUUCAUAAAUAAACCAUUACACUAUUAUUUUAUUUUAUACUUUUAUUACACAUUUAGAAACAAUAUAAAGCUAUUAUUAUAUUAA